AUGCAAGUCCCCGACAGCGAUCGGCAACUCGAGCGUAGCGUUCGAGCUCGAAGACGCGCCAUGGCAAGCGGCAGACCUGCCUCGGAUGAUUCCGACGUGCCUGGACGAGACGGCUCGAUUCCACCCAUCUCCGGGACCCAAUCCAUGUCUCUACGCAUGCGGCGGGCGGAAACCUACUACCAAGAGAUCGGUGCUCUGUUGCAGGACCUCUCCUCGAGCCCGACCAAGGCGCUCCUAGUGUUCGCUCCUGCGGGAAUUAUUGCUGGCCUUCUGCGUCUCCACCAAGUUCUGGUAUUCGCCCUCAACUUUGUCGCCCUCGUGCCUCUUUCAGCCACGAUUCUCUACUCGAUUCUAGCAUUUACACCCGAUCAUGCCCUGACUGGCGGAUUGCUGCGAGCCGUGUUUGGAAAUGCUACAGAGCUUUCGCUCGGCGUCUGCGCUUUGCUUCAGGGCAAAUCACAAUUGGCUCAAUGGAUCAUGAUAGGAAGCAUCUUGACAUACUGUCUCUUUGUGCUGGGCUUCAGUUUUCUGGUGGCUAGUUAUGGCAAGAAAAAGGAGCCAUUCAGCAGAACCCGGACCUCGAUAAUGUCAUCCCUCGUCAUGGGCGGUUCGAUUUGCCUGGCAAUCCCGACGGUCAUCGCCACGGCCGUCGAACGGGAUCAGACUCGACAACUAGACGACACCGACAAGGUCAACAGGGACCCCCUCUUUCUAUCGCGCGCAACUUCCCUCGUCCAAAUGUUCCUGUUCCUUGCAUACCUGGUGUUCCGCUUCCGAACUCAUAACCGACUCUUUCACCAGAACCCUCACGCGCGUGGUCUAAGCCAGACCCACAGCGGCUUUUCAGAUGCAUCCGGGUCGGACCGCGGAUCCGGUCAAUCUCACGCAAGCGCUGUCCUCGUCGGGGGAGGGGCUCUCCUCAUCGCCGCUUUGUGUAGUUGUUAUUUGGUGGGGAGCUUGGCCGGCGCAACCAAGGCCUUAGGAGUAUCCGAGUCCUUUGUUGCCUUGGUCGUGGUACCACAAGCAGGUAGUUUGAUGAAAGCCGUCACCAUUAUCAAGCACAGUCGGUCAAGCACCGAUACUCUUUUGCCAAGUGGCAUGGGCCGUCUUGACUUCGCAAUCCGGUCAAUCAUGACCAACGUUUUCGACACGGAGCUUUUCAUCCUCCCCAUGCUGGUCCUGCUUGGCUGGGUAGCAGGCGAACCGAUGAAACUAAGUCUCGGGGUCUUCGAAGCCGUGAUAUUCUUGAUGGCGAUCUUGACCAUGACAUACCUCGUACAGCACGGAAAGACGACGUAUUUUGAGGGAACCAUGCUAAUGGGGACGUACCUAUCUAUUGCCAUCGCAUUAUAUGUCCGACCCGACGUUACAAAGGCCAACAUUGGUAUUGGUCGUUUUUGA